AGCAACAGAAGAAUAAUAUUACCUUUGUACGACGAAUUUUUUAAGCAUAUGCAAUCAAUGAAGGUGAAAGUUACGGCGUUUGGGUAACUCUUGGGUAACAAUAGUAGAUUUUUUUAUUAGUCCGAUAAUACUAUACCAAAUGCGCUUGACGUUUAAAGAGGACCGUCUAUUAAAACUGCCAUUAAAAAAUAUUAAUUUUCCACAAAAUUAAAAGAUGUAAACUGAAUGGAGGAUAAAGAAAGGCUCCAGGAUAGAAAAGUUCUCGAGUCUCUAGAAAUAUUUUAUUUUAUAAGCAAUAUGUUUGAAAAAUUUGUUGUACGACAAAUUGGUUCAAGUAGAUUGACUGCAGGAUAGAAAAGUUCUCGAGAGUGUCUAGAAUUUUUUAUUUUGCAGCCGAUAUGCUUCAAGUUUAUCGCACGGCAAAUUUUUUAACCGUAUCGAUCGGUUGUAGAACAGAAAAGUUGUCGAGUCUCCAGAACUUUUUUAUUUCGCAGCCAAUCAAUAUGCUUAAAAGUUUGUCGUACGAUAAAUGUAAUAUCACCCUAGAGCUCGAGCUGCAAUGUGCUCUUUGCGUCUAGAAACUUCUAUUUUAUAGCCAAUAAAGACGUUUAAAAAAUUUGUACGAGCUGAUGAACUGUAUAUUAUACAUUGCACUGCCGUGCAUUGUCGGCAAAUUCUUUAAGCGUAUCGAUUCGCCUGUAUAAAAUGUUUCUCGCUGCGAAAAGCACACUGUAGAUUAGACUUGAGAGUCGUAUUAGACUGGAUAUUUUGUCACGCAACAAAAUUUUAAGCGCGUCACUGGUUGCAGGAUGGAAGUCGCCGGGUAUCUAGAAAUUUUCCAUCCCGCAGCCAAUCAACACAAAAAUUUGUCGACAGUCUUUAAGUAUAUCAGCCGGCCACAAAAUAGAAAAUAUCUAGAAACUCGAGGACCUUUUUAUCGCGCGAUCGUUCGGCGCGCCUGACAAAUUAAUCGUACGACAAACGCAACGUUAUCUAAAAUCCGAAACACCCUCGCGCGUCCCGCGGCUGUAACGCGACUCGGGGGAGCAGAGAGAGGGUAGGGGGUUGCGACGAUGCCGUCGCUCUACCGCGAGGGGGCGCCAGCGUUCGGCGGCGCGGCCGAAAUCUCUCGGUUGUCGGUGCGCGCGGCCGCGAAGGCGAAGCGGGCGACAAUCGUCAUCGCAAUCGCCGGGCGAUCGCUGCCGGUCCUCACCUCGAUCGCUCGCGUCCGCUGCUGGCAGCGUACGGACGAGAGAAAUCGCGCGCGCGUCAUCGACCAGUCGUCGCCGCGUUCGCGCUCGUUUACCGGAGAGUUCGGAGUAGCCGCGUUUCCGCCGGCCGGCGUUGCGCGCGGCGUCGUCGUCGUCGUCACCACUCGCCGCUCACACGCUCGCUGUCGUCGGGAGCAAAGUAUAUAUUAUAUUACGUACACACAACACACAUAUUACGUACACGCGCGCGCGUUAACCCCCUCGCCGACCAGCUGACUCUCCCACUCUCCCGUCUCUUUCUCUUUCUCCCUCUUUCUCUCUCGCCUCCCGGAACUGACACUCGGAGCCGCCGCCGGCGACGCAUCGCCGACGAUGUAUUGUCCGGUCGCGCGCCGUCAGCGAGCCGCGCCGCUGCUCCGCGAAAGGGUUGAAAGCCGGGAGUAGGAGAGACGUCGUCGUCGCGGGAACAAGCGAGAAGGAAACGGCGAGAGGAAGCGCGCCCCAAUUGCCGCUGGACGAGCAAUUGGGCACGAGCGCGAUCAAGAAGGUAAAUAUCCAUUGGAAGGUGGCUGCCAGAGGAGCGGUGAAGGUCACGGAGUUGAGCCUAAGGGUGGCAUCAUGGAUCAUCAGCAGUUCUGCCUCAAGUGGAACAGUUUCGGCAGCAACCUAGCAACGGCGUUUUCCAAUUUAUUCAAAAGCGAGAGUCUCACCGAUGUCACCCUGUUCUGCGAGGGAGUUACGUUCAAGGCGCACAAGUUAAUCCUCGCAGCAUGCAGCAAGCAUUUUCAGGAGCUCUUCGAAGGAAUGCCGCCUUCUCCCGCGGGAUUGAUCGUUAUUCUCGAUGGGACGAGUGCCCAAAAUAUGGCGUCCCUCCUCGAAUUCAUGUACCGUGGAGAGGUACAUGUGUCCCAGGAAUCCCUCAACUCCUUCCUCAAGGCAGCUGAAUGCCUUCAAGUUAAGGGUUUGUCGAUCCGCGAGCAUGAGAACUUGGCGCACGCCGCAACAACACGUACAUCUGUGCGGACGCAGAACAACAACGUCAACAACAACAACAACAACAACAACAGCACCUGUAGGGAGACGGAGAGUAACGGCGGAGACGGGGGCGGCGGAAGCGGAUGUGGCGGUAGCCUUAGCGUCGGGGAUAGCAUCGGCAGCGGUAGCGUCGGUGGUACCAUCGGCAACGGGGGCGGCGGUGGCGGCGUCGGUGACAUGAGCGACGUAAGCGAGCCGGGCGACUCCACCAUGGUCAGGAACAUCAUGAAGAGGACCGACACCUCGGCGCCGUCGCCCAUCCCGGAGUACAUCGCGCCCAGCAUGUACUCCACCUCUCACUAUUACGAGAGUCCGCCGAAGAGGCUGAUGAGAUCGCCGAGCGACGUCGAUACGCUGGGUAGAGCGAGCGUAUUGCGCGACGGCGCUGCCUUUCGGCCGGCGUCCGCCCCGCAUCCACUCUUGCUGGAGAACCACUUCUACCAAUCGUUCACCCAUCCCUCCGAGGCUCCUCUGCAUCCCCACACCGCGCCACACACGCCCACGGAACUGGAACAGCAGCUGGACCGAGCGCGGUCCGAGGAACGCAGCAACUGUGAUCUCAAGGAAAGCGUUGCCGAAGAUCUUCGAAUAAAACAGGAGCCGGUGGAGCUGGCCGAUCGGGAGAGAACGGAGAAGCUGGCGGAAAGAUUGUCGAAGCGGGAUGACGAGAUUUUUCUCGGGCGGAGGUUUGACGCGGGCUCGUACAGACCGAAUUCGGACCAUCUGCCGCAAGGGGCGUCGAUGAUGCCGAAGCCGGCCGCUCAUCCGCCGACUUCCGAUCAGAGCUCCGCCGCGUCCAUCCCACCCACUACAUGGAACAUGAAGAUCCACAAGGCCAGCACUGUCUCUACCGUCGGCGGCGGUACGAAAUUGAAGUGUCCCUUAUGCGAGAGACUAUACGGCUACGAGACGAACCUUCGCGCUCACGUACGACAACGUCACCAGGGCAUCCGGGUGCCGUGUCCGUACUGCACGCGAACGUUCACCAGGAACAACACCGUCAGACGGCACGUCGCGCGGGAGCACAAGGCCGAGCAUCUGAAGCAGAAGGCCAACCAGCAGUCCAACUAUCCGGUCUCGGACAUUGUGCCCCAGUAACAAUGUCUUCGGCGUCGCUGUCAUCCUCGCCGUCGCCACCGCGGUCGCCGUCGCGGCCCGCGCGCGGUGGUACCGGGGACAACGAUCCCGGUGGCCACCUCGCCGGAGCCGGCCGCGAGACUGGACCGCGGUUAGAGCGCACGAGACGAGAGCAGAGGAGAGGCUGCAGUUAGGUACCUUCGUUUUCCCUUCGUCGUCGUCAGCGGACGCUGUCCCGGUUCCUCGUCGCGUGGACAAUCUCUCCGCGUGCGCGCCUGGGAGUUCGUCGGAGAUAUAUCGUAACGAGGGGCGCCGACCCUGAAGAUACGGAGCAAGAGACACGUGGAGGAGACAUGGAAGAGGCACGGAACAACGAUGCGCACGGCGCCUCGGAAAUACACGCUCGCGAAAACGCUGCGAAUCACAAAGCUAGUCAAUGAAAGUGCAACGGUCAAGUAAGGAUUAUUAACUAGGAGCUUUUUAAACGAGGCAAGAGAGAGAGAGAGAGAGAGAGAGAGAGGGAGAGAGAAAGAGAAAUAGCGGAUGAAGGUAACGAGCUGAGAGCGGCGAACGGCGCAUAAACACGUACACGCAGGGCCGUUAUAGCGCAGGCGACUGCGACGAGAGAACCAAGGCAAAACUCAGGUAAACUUAGAAUCGUGGCACGAAACAGCGCCAGGAGAAAGCGCUACCUUUUUGAUAGUUACGACAUUACCAUAGAUCGGAUUACUCGCCGUCGCAUUUUAAUCGUUAACGCCGUUAACCGGUUUACCUGUUUCUGGUACUACUUAUCGCUUAUCGAGAGGUCGAGCCUAUAGGAUCGCUCCGGCGGGCGGUACCUAUUUCAAGAAAAAAAAGAAAACACGUUCCGUUACGCGCGCACCAGUGCCAAAGACAAGACGCUUUUUUCUACUCUGGAGUAAAGUCACACGAGUCAAUUUUUCAGUUCCGCCUUUUUCGUACGACUUCGCGUACGAACACGCACUCGACUACUGUACGAUUAAUACGCGGCGAGACCCACAUAUCUCCGUGAAUCGCGCCGAGACAACACCCGACGUAGUACACACCUUUUAUACAGUUACGAUUUUAUAUAACGUUUACGAGAUUACUGCGAUUCUAGGGCGGACGACUGUCGUGCGAUUUAGCCGCGUAGGAGCCGCGCAGCCGCUCGCGCGAAGAUACCUCUUGGCGAAUGCGCGCACGUGGUGGAAGUGAGGUCGACCGAGCAAUAAUCGCGUUCAUACACCGUUACACUAUGUCGACGUUGAUUUUUCUGGGGGGGGGGGGGAGAAAUUGGAAAAAAAAAUAUAUAUACGUAGAAAACAAAACGCAUUCGCCACGGAAGUUUGCCGCGGCGGCUGCGGCGCCUCGCGGCGAAACGAUCACUACCACUUUGUUACCUGUUUACAAUGUUUAAAAUGCGGACUUUUGUCCGGAGCAAUAGUCGCGUACCGUGAAUAUAGAGUAUAGCCAUCGAUCGCACAUCGUGCGAUUUUAAACAGUGCGCGCGAUUACGCGCGAAAUAGUUGCUAUCCCGGUUGUAUGAGAUGUGAUCAAUGCAAUAGAUUUAUAUUACACAUUACCUAUAUGUAUAGAUAUAUAGAGAUAUACUCCUAGUCAGGAUGGCACCCACGAUAUUACUUGUUACAGUAUUUACACUUUAUACAGAUAAAUCUGCCUUA